CCAUACACCCCACCAUCCUUCCCCAUCCGCCACCACCUCCACCACCACCUCCCAUCACGCAACAAUGACCACGCCCAAACCACUCACCCUCAUCGUCGCGGCCACGGGCGCGCCCACGCUCGGCAUCGGCCGCAACGGCGCGCUGCCCUGGCGGCUAAAAUCGGAACUCUCCUACUUCGCGCGGGUGACGAAGCGGCUCCCCGGUGGGUCCGCCAAUACAGCGAGCACGGCCCAGAACGCCGUGAUCAUGGGCCGCAAGACGUGGUUCUCGAUACCGCCACGGUUCCGUCCGCUGCCGGGGCGGAUCAACGUCGUUCUCUCGCGCGAUGCGGCGCUGGACCUUGGUGUGCCCGGCGGUGCUGGCGCGGGCGCAACCACCGCCACGUCGGUGGACGAUGCGCUCGCAAAGUUGGUGGAGCGCGGCGAGGCCGUCGGUACGGUUUUCGUUAUCGGCGGUGCGGAGGUCUACAAGGCGGCGCUGCUGCACCCGCUCGCGCAGAAUGUGCUCCUCACUAGGAUCGAUACGGAGUUUGAGGUGGACACGAUUUUCCCCGUGCAGUUGACGGCCGAGGGGAGUGGGUGGGCGAAGGCGAGCUGGGAGGCGCUGUGUAAAUUUGUGGGCGAGGAGGUGCCGAAGGGCGUGCAGAAGGAGGAAGGGGUGAAGUUUGAGUACGAGUUGUGGCAGAAGCAGAAGGCAGAUGAUGAGUAGCAUAUGUAGCGAUGGAUCAUGGCCUCACGAGAACGAAUCAACCCAGAUGCAAGCUGGAAUUACAUAUGGCA